AGUGGAGCCAGUUCACUCAUCUUCCCGUUGAUUCUCCUCCCUUCUUUAGCCUGCCUUUGUUGUUUUCUGUUCAAAGAAAGGACAGCGAGCGGUCCCAUGGACACUGCAGUUGUUGACAACAUGUGGACGUUUUUCUAUGUAUUGUCUGAAUCGUGAAUACGUAUGGACACCGUCGGUGGGGACGACUGGCGGAGACGCACGAGGAGCGCGCGAGCCUACAAACAAGCUGUAGCACGAGCUGACGAGUCCAGUGUGCUGCGGUGUCUGAGCGUUGGAAACGCGGAAGACGGCAAUGACAUGGAGGAGGACAUUGGUCUUUUCAAGGAGGACAGUCUGGAGCGAAGGGUCAUGGCGCCCCGCUACAGCCUCCUGCGGGAGGUGGGAAGGGGCACAUACGGCGUGGUGUACGAAGCGGUGGCCCGGAGGACCGGUGCGAAAGUUGCCGUGAAGAAACUGCGAUGCGACGCGCCGGAAAACGUAGAGCUCGCCUUGCAGGAGUUCUGGGCGCUGGCAAGUCUGGAAAAACGGCAUCAAAAUGUGGUGCAACUGGAAGAGUGUGUGCUACAGAGGAACGGUAUGGCUCAGAAAAUGAGUCAUGGGAACAAAAGGUCCAAACAGUACCUGCGUCUGGUGGAGACUUCGCUAAAAGGUGAGAGAGUGCUUGGUCCUCCAGAGGAGUCUUGUUACCUCUGGUUUAUCAUGGAGUUCUGUGAAGGCGGCGACCUCAACCAGUUUAUCCUGUCAAGGCGGUCCGACCCACAAACCAACAACAGCUUUAUGCUGCAGCUGACCAGCGCUGUUGCGUUCCUGCACGAAAACAACAUUGUCCACAGAGACCUCAAACCUGACAACAUCCUCAUCUCAGAGAAGUCAGGGGCUCCAAUUCUCAAGGUGGCUGACUUUGGCCUGAGCAAAGUGUGCGCUGGUUUAGGACACUCCGAGCGUAAAGAAGGCGACGACAAGAACAAAAACGUCAAUGUCAACAAGUUUUGGUUGUCAUCGGCGUGUGGCUCAGACUUCUAUAUGGCUCCUGAGGUGUGGGAGGGUCACUACACAGCCAAAGCUGACAUAUUUGCCUUAGGCAUCAUUAUCUGGGCCAUGUUGGAGAGAAUUACUUUCAUUGAUGCUGAGUCUAAGCGGGAGCUGCUGGGGUCUUAUGUGAGACAAGGAGUUGACAUUGUGCCGGUGGGCGAGGCACUGCUAGAGAAUCCAAAGAUGGUACUGAACAUCCCACAGAAACGCAGGUCGUGUAUGUCCGAUGGAGUGAGGAAGUUGCUGCAGGACAUGCUCGCCGUCAACCCUCAGGACCGGCCCGAUGCUUUUGAGCUGCAGGCCAGAGUGGACCAGGUUAUGUGUGCCACAUGACCCUCAACCUCACUGUUUCACAGACUUGUGAUUCUACCGGGAGCUGCUACAUCAGCGAGGGUCUGGCUGCUUUGAUCUGAAGACUGUGAACAUAAAGGAGAAGCAAAGGAAGCUCGUGACUCAUCAAGUUUGGAUGCUGAAGUGGGAUUUUUGUUUUCUUUGAACUUGUUUUACAGUGAUGUCAUCUGCCAAUUGAAUAGAGAAUGUUUGUCUUGACCUGCAUAUUAUGAUAAAGCAUGAAAACAUCCUGCUGCUUAGUGGGAAGGAAGCUUGAUAAAAACGGAUGUAACCAUCAUAGAAUGGUCGUGAGAAAUUCCCGUCAGAAAACAUGAUGGUGACACUGCUUAACGAAAGACGGAGCAUCGGUUGGCUCUAAAUGUAAGCUAAGGUGCGUGCGUGCAUGCGUGUAGGAGCAAUCGUUUCCACGUAUAUUUUGAUAAUAUUGGAUGAAAACAUUAGAUGCCCACUGCUACUGGAAACCCCUCGCUUCAAGUGGUGGAGUUUCAGUUGCCUAAAACUAAAGUUGGUCUAAUUUCCGAUGUUUGACAUUGCUGCCAGUUUGGAUUGUAUCCCCCAUGCUGUGGUGGGGGUCGCCACACUAGGGAACGCCGUUGCCCUGUGUUGCCCCAGGGAGAUUUGACGGCUUUAUGUACUGACAAAAAAAAGUGUCAACCUUUUUCAGUUGUUGGGUUUGAAUUUCUCCAGAUCUGUUGGUUUAUCUCGGAUCUUAUCAGAUCUUAGUCAUGGUUAGUCACUAGAAGUGAAUGACUGUAAAAUCUUCUGUGAUAUUAUAAUUUACAUACACAGUUUCACAUAUUCAUAUAUAAAGUCAGUUUUCUGUAAAUUCAAUUGAGACUGUUAAUCUUAAAAAUCCUGUGAUUUCAGUACUAUGAAGUCAUCAUGGUCAUUAACUCCCAGCAUUGCCUGCAAACUCCUGAAGCAUCAAAUGCUUUUUAAGUGACUGUUAACAAUAAUGCAGAAUUUGUAUCAGUUGACAAAUGUCUUGCACUUGGAAACUGGAUAAUGCUAGAUAUUUUUAGCCUGGGUUUUGAUCACUUGGCUCAUGGACAUGUGGAUAAAGAACUUUUGCUGGCAUAAAUGCAAAAGCUAUGUAAAGUAAUCCCGGGUCACAUUUAAGGAUAAUUGUAGUUAAAAUAGUUUAAAGUUCAUGUUUAAAUUUCAUACUCUUUACAAAAAUGUGUCUGUUAUAAAUACAUGGGGAAAAGAAAAGCAGAAACUAGACACGUGAUGGGUGAGAGUAUAUCCUGGAGACAUGCAGGACAUACACCGUGCUGAGCGCAGCUGAUUUGAUUUCAUGCACACUUUGAUUUUCACUGUAAUCUCAUUGGUUAAACCUAGUGGUGCCUUGAAUUUGCUAGUCAGGUAACAUUUAGAUAGGCUGUUAUAUUUGUCUUUUAUUUGGCACUCCAAAGACAUUAUUCAUGGUAUAUGGUCUUGAUAAUUUAGUUUCUGCAGUAUUUUGGGUGUGAUUAUGAAUGAGUGAGGAAUGAUAGAUGUAUUGUUACUAUACAUGUAUUAUUUACUGUUUUGAAUUGUACUGUUUUUCUGUAGAACAUGUAUUUGUUGAGUAAAAUCUAAUUUUAAAGGGAACUGAAGAUGGAAUGUUUGAACAGGUGCCAUUCAUGUUAAAGGAGUAAAGCCGCAGAGCUAUUUCUGAGCGUUUCAGGUGGAUUACAAGUUCUAAACUGUGAUGACUAGGAUGUGUUUCUUGUUGAGAUAUAACGACACUCAAUCUAAGUGUUGCUAAAAUCAGCCCCAGGCAUAGUGGUGAGGUGUAAUUGUGCCUGCGAUGUGAAGAAGAAAAAAAUCAAGCUUAGAAGCAUGUUGGAACAUUUGUACUGUGAACCACAGCAGAAUCUUGUAUCUCAGUUGAUAUUUUUGCCCUGAAACCAAAGGUCUGAAGUCUGUUAUGUUGAACUAAACUGGGACCCUGAAUGUUUUCAACGAAUCCUAUUUCUUUUUUAAUUGUACUACCUCAUGUUUCUGCAGAAUUUUACAUUUCCUUUUCUGAGCCAUACUUACAUUUUUUUCCUAACAAAGACAUUCCUCAGAGACCGCCUGGUAGAUUUCCAAACUUUUAUUUAAUGUCAUCAAAGUAUUUGUUAGAUGUGUGCAGUUUUUUUAGGAUUGUGAAUGCAUCACAUUGGUUUGGAAUAAGUGACGUUUGACGUCUCUCUGUUGCUUUGACUGUUUCUGUUUUUGCUGAUGCAUUGUAAGAAAGGGGUUUACAUUGGUUCAGAUGUUUACACACCUUUAGCUCAACACAGGCCGUGAUGUACUUGGGUUAAUUUCUUCAACUUCUGUGAAAAAUGGUACCUCAGUUCCCAAAAUGUAUGUGCAGUAUUUUUGUGUAGGGUAGGAAUAAUCCUCUUGAAUUAAUGGUGAGCUAAUGGUAGUGCUUAGCUUGACAUAUCCGCUCACACACAGUUCUUUAUUCUGAGUUCUGAGGAACUGCUUUAAUUUUACUUGAAUUUAGGGAAAUGUACUAAAAAUAUCAAGAGAUUCAAGCAAACCCUCAACAUAUUCCCCUUACGAGUGUGUAGCUGCCCCUGGACGUGUUUAAAUGAUGUACCGGUCUAGUGUGCACCAGCACUACAUUUGACUAAACUCCAAUCACUAAUGGGUCACUUUUGUUACACGCAACACUUUUCUAUGCAACUCUGCCUCACUGGACACACUUUUCAGAUGACUUGACCCUUUAUUUCAAAAUAACAGUCCUUGGUUGUACAUGAUGCUAAAGCCAUUUGCUUGAAUUAAAAGAAAACUGUUUUUAUUGCUGACUUUGUGCAUUUCUGGGCUCUGUUUCAAUAAAGGUUGGAAAUACCUCGUA